AUGGAACGCGCUGAAGGCGCACAGGACCUUCCUCGGCCCAGUGACAUCUAUGGGCUGAACAUGGAGGUUCCAAAGAAUCUUCCCAAAAAAAGAAAAAGGAAGAGAAAGAGGAGAGUUCAGCCGCCAAAUAAGAGGAGGAGAAUAGAAACAUCAGAGAAGGCGAAAGAUUGCGGCAAAGAAAAAAUUAUCAAGGCUUCGAAAAGACCUGGAAGCCCUAUACAGGAGAGUAUCCUAAAAAAGAGGAAGAGGGGAGAAAAGACAGGGGGAAAAGCUGAAGAUGGAUCCAGCACAUCCUAUAACACUGAGAUGGAACAGCUGUCAGUGACAACCUCAGCAGAAACCCCCAUCAUUGUGACUGGACUGGAAAGCGUCACCUUCCAUAAAAUUCUUGGAGAGGGUGGUUUUGGUAAAGUCAUGCUGGCCACACAUCCCGACUGCCAACAACAACUGGCAGUGAAGCUGGUGAAGAAGAGGGUCCUGCUUCAGAACUUUAGAAACAACGUUCUGAUUGAGCGACAGGUCCUGGAGGUGACUGGGAAAAGUCCACUAUUCACCCACGCUUAUGCCACCUUCCAGACCAAGGACUAUGCCUUCUUCAUCAUGGAGUUUCUUAGUGGAGGAGACCUAGGUGACCUCAUACAUGCCAAAGCCCCAUUCACCAUUCCAGUCACCAGAUUUUUUGCAGCUGAGAUCAUCUGUGGGCUGCAGUUUCUCCAUAACAGAGGCAUCAUACAUAGAGACAUAAAACCAGAAAACAUCUUAAUGGACAGCGCCGGUCACUUGAAGAUUGCCGAUUUCGGUCUUGCCGUGAUGAACAUCUUUGGGGAAAGGAAGAUCUCACAAUAUGCCGGAACUCUUAGCUACAUGGCACCCGAGAUUCUUCUGGAGAAACCCUACAACACGGCAGUGGACUGGUUCUCAGCUGGUGUGAUGAUAUAUGAGAUGGCUACUGGCAAAUAUCCAUUCUCUGCCAGAAUAUUUCCUGAAAAACUUCAGAAGUCACUGAUUAACGAUGUUCCCACCUACCCAAAACGACUCGACCCCCAAGCCAGAGACCUCAUAGAGAGGCUCUUAAUCAAGUCACCAGAGAGUCGCCAGUUAGCGGUAUGUAACAUCAGGGAACAUCCAUUUUUCAUGGACAUCGAGUGGACAGAUAUAGAGGAAGCAGCAGCUUGUCCACCAUUCCAACCAGGACCAGAUCUUUGA